CGAGCAAAGCGAGAAGAGGCGGAGCCUGCGGGGCAAGAUGGCGCCAUCCGUAGUGCUGCGCUCGUUUUCGCGGCUGCUGGCCUCCGCCCGGCUGCCAAGCUGCUCUUCAACACGGUCAAAGUUCUAUGUCCGGGAGCCUGUCAAUGCCAAACCUAACUGGGUGACGGUUGGGCUGUCCUUGGGCGCCUCGGUAUUCAUGUGGGUUUAUCUCAUCCGAGAACACAAUGAAGAUAUUUUGGAGUACAAAAGAAGAAAUGGAUUGGAAUAAACUUUGGAACUAAUACAGUCUGCUUCAUGUGGUGAUCAUAGUCAUUCCUCUGCAUUCCCAUAGAGUUGUGGAUAUAAGAAAAAAGUUACAUGUGAAUAUGUAUCAGUCAAGUCAGCACAUUUUGCAUUGUUAAAUAAAAAUACUUGUGCUCUUCAUAUGUA